AUGCGUGUUUCAGUCGCUCUUUUAACUGUUCUUGCUGCUGUGCAGGCGGCCCCUGUGCCAUUGGCCAAGGUGGUCACCAGGAUGCACACAGCCGAUGCCGUGACCACUACACAAGACAACUACUACACGGUGACGUCCACCAUUCCAAUCGUUGAGAUUCUUAUUUCCAACGGUGUCACGUACACCAACACUCUUCUAACUAUUGCUUCCGGAAGCGAUAUCGAUGCUGUUCAGCCAACUACAACCGUGGUUGCCAAGGAGCCAACUGCGGCUGCCAGCCAGACUAGUGACUCAGUGGCCGUCGAGACACAGACCAGCAAUCCGGUGCCGACUGACACCAGCAUUUCUAGCACUUCUACGAGUUCGAGCCAGGAUUCGUCUGUCUCUGUGUCUUCUACCUCUGAGUCAUCUAGUGGCUCGCCCACCGCAGCCACCACCGCAGCCACCACCACAGCCACCACUGCAGCCACCAGCGAAGCUACCACCGAGGCAUCCAGCACUACCAGCUCCGAGGAUUUCGAUCUCGUCGGAUCUGUCAACGUCGAAAACACGUCUACCAGCACGAGCGAGACUAGCUCGACUAGUUCGACCAGCUCAAGCUCUUCUGUGACUACGACCGAGGCCUCUAGCACCGCGUCUCCAUCCUCUACGGCCGAGCCUUCAAGCUCCACCGAGGCCUCUAGCUCGACUACCGCGGCAUCAACGUCGAGUGAAACAUCUUCUACAGAGCAGACGUCCUCCUCAACUGAGCAAACAACUUCCUCGACCGAAGCACCAAGCUCAACCAUCGAGUCAUCGUCUACGACGACUUCGUCUUCGUCGUCUUCGUCAUCAUCGUCCUUGACUACGUCCUCGACAACUUCGUCUUCGAGCUCUGAGUCAUCAAGCUCUACAGCAAGCUCGACGACGUCGUCUGUGUCGUCUACCUCUUCGUCGUCGGCAGCUUCUACCGUCACUCCUUCUGCCAUCGUGUACUCUCCAUACACCGACUCAGGAUCCUGUAAGGACUACGACACCGUGGAAAGCGACUUGUCCUUGAUUCAGUCCAAGGGAAUCGGCGAAGUCAGAAUUUACGGAAACGACUGCAACUAUCUCACUACCGUGCUCCCAAUCUGCGCAAACAAAGGAAUCAAAGUCGACCAGGGCUUCUACAUCAGCUCUUCCGGCGUGGACUCCAUUGACGACGCUGUCACUGAGUUGAUCGCGGCCGUCCAGGACUCGUCUUCAGGAUUCGACUGGGACCUCUUCUCUUUCUUCAGCGUCGGUAACGAGGUCAUCAGCAACGGCUACGCUACGGUCAGCGACCUGAUCAGCAAAAUCAGCUCUGUCAAGUCGCAGCUGCAAAGCGGUGGUUACACAGGAAAGGUUACCACCGCCGAACCACCUAGCUCGUACCAGAGCUACCCAGAACUGUGCACGAGCUCCGGUAUCGACUUUGUUGGCAUCAACGCUCACGCCUACUUCGAUCAGUACAUCAGUGCAGCAGACGCAGGAACCUUCCUUACCGACCAGGUCAAGGUGACUCAGGAAGCUUGUCCGAACAUGGAUGUCAAGGUGGUAGAAACCGGAUAUCCAAGUCAGGGAAAGCAGAAUGGAGGAAACAUACCGUCUCCAGAGAACCAGAAAACAGCCAUCAAGAAGAUCCUCGAGGACUUUGGCUCCGAUGUGACUAUUCUGACGACCUACAAUGACUUCUGGAAAGACCCAGGUCCUUACGGAAUCGAACAAUAUUUCGGAGUGAUCGAUAUUCUGGAGUAA